GAUCAUAAACUUUAUAGCUCUGCCGUAAAGACCAAACAAAAACAAAAACAAAACAAUGGUUGAGUGUAGCAAUAACCUUGUCGGAAUCCUCAACUUCUUCACCUUCCUCCUCUCGGUCCCCAUCCUCUCCGCCGGAAUCUGGCUCGGCAAAAAUGCAGCCACCGAGUGCGAGCGUUUCCUCGACAAACCAAUCGUCGUUCUCGGAAUCUUCCUCAUGUUCGUCUCCAUCGCCGGUCUCGUCGGCGCUUGCUGCCGUGUCUCUUGCCUCCUAUGGCUUUACCUUUUCGCUAUGUUCCUUCUCAUACUCCUCGGGUUCUGUUUUACCAUCUUUGCCUUCGUCGUCACUAACCGCGGCGCCGGUGAGGUUUUGUCGGAUAGAGGGUAUAAGGAGUACCGUGUAGGUGAUUACUCUAACUGGCUGCAGAAGCGAGUUAGCAAUGCUAAGAACUGGGAUCGGAUCAGGAGCUGCUUGGUUUACUCCAACGUGUGUUCCACUUUCAGUAGUCGCUACGCUAGUGUAACCGUCAACGAGUUCUACAAGACCAAUCUCAAUGCCCUUCAGUCUGGUUGCUGUAAGCCGUCGAAUGACUGUAACUUCACCUACGUGAGCCCGACUAAUUGGAUAAAGACUACUGGUCCAUACACAAACGAGGACUGUAACGUCUGGGACAACAAACCGGGGACUCUAUGUUAUAAUUGCCAAGCCUGCAAGGCCGGUUUGCUCGACAACCUCAGAAAUUCCUGGAAAAAAGUGGCUGAGGUGAACAUUGUCUUCCUAGUAUUCCUCAUUAUUGUCUACUCUGUUGGUUGUUGCGCCUUCCGGAACAAUAGGAAACGCAGAUGGCAUUAGAUCCUUAUGUGCUGAGAUACAAAAGAUGCCCUCCAAACCAAUACAUAGACUAAAGAAGAUAUAUAAAGUGCCAGUCAUAUUGCUCUUAAGUACGUAAGAUGCAGCCUUUUUAAGCCAAUUCGUUGAUCACUUUGUCUUGUGUGUGUGUGUGUGAGGGUGCAUAUUUCUAUGUAUUUUAUCUCUUAAAUAUGCAACAUAUUACUAAAUGAGUUACAACGGGACUUGCUUUGUGCUACUAUUUCUAGUCUUUUGUGUGUGUGUGUGUGUAGUAGUAGCUUCUUCAUCUGUUAAUUAGUCGAAUUUUUCUUAUGUCUGUCCACCGAAAGUAUGUUUUCUUUCUAUUAUUUGAUGAAAUGAUAUAUCUUUGAACCAA